CAGAAUGUUUGCUCCCCAAGCAGCAGCACAUCAGUACAGACCAAGGAACUCGGGGGGCAGCAGAAUUAGGUCAGUGGCACCAGGAACUAAACCGAAGCUUCGAUGGUGCCCGACAGGGCUCAUACAUACUCAGAAAAGAAGGGUGCAGCGGCUGCGGGCAUUGGAAAUUAGAGAGGAACUAGCUGAGAAGAAGCGCGACGAGUGGUUCAAUAAAGAUAAACCAAUGGUGCCCUCGAAUAUGACUUGGAAAGAGAAGCGCAUCGCAAGGGAGGAAUGCAAUAGUGCUAAUGACAUGGUUAUGGAUGGAAACUCUAAGGAUAAACAGGAUAUGCCUGCGGAUAUGGACAUUGAUAUGGUAUUUGAGCUGCCUGCUGAAUUUCGUGCGCCUAAGGCUGAAGAGGCCGAAGUUGCAGAACUUGUUCUUGGCCCAAAAAGUGUUACAUUUGAGAAACCAAAGAAGCAUGGACAACACCUAAAGCCUUUGUUUAUCAAGGGUCACAUUGAUGGUAAACCUAUUGGUCGCAUGCUUGUUGACGGCGGUGCCGGUGUUAAUAUCAUGCCUUUUUCGGGUUUUUCUAAGUUGGGCCGAAAAGAGGAAGAACUGAUGAAAACCAAUAUGGGACUUAGUGGGUUUUCAGGAUACUUGUCUGAAGCUAAGGGUGUUAUUUCUAUGGAGCUCACGGUUGGUAGCAAAACAUUGCCGACUGCUUUCUUUGUUGUUGAUGUCAAAGGCCGAUAUAAUAUUCUUUUGGGGCGCGAUUGGAUCCAUGCAAAUUGUUGCAUCCCUUCUACUCUACAUCAAUGUUUGAUUCAGUGGGUUGAUGAUGAUGUUGAAGUGGUUGAGGCGGAUAAUUCGGCCUGCAUUGCUUUGGCUGAGGCUCCGGUUGAUUGGCAACACUGUGAGAUGUCAUGCUUGACGGGUAGAGAUUUAUCAGAUUAUGAUUAUAUUAGUAUUGGCAGAGAUGGUUUUGUUCCUGUACAUGCACAGCCGGCUAGUGUAGCUCGGCUUAAUGACUUAUCCUUGUGAACAAUGAAUAAGGAAGAUAGUGUUAAAUGGAUGCAAAGGCGUGUUGAGGAGUAUCGUUCAGGAAAGAACGAUAUGCAUGAAGCUACUGAGGAUUUCGAUGACAUGGAGAAGCUUGGACAAGGAUUCUCAUUGGCUGACCCACUUGAGGAAGUUGAUAUUGGUGAUGGAAGUGUCCCUAGACCUACAUUUAUUAAUGCUAAUAUGGGGGCCGAUCAGAGAGGAAAGGUAUGUGCAUUACUUAGGGAAUUUGUUGAUUGCUUUGCUUGGAAUUAUACUGAGAUGCCCGGUUUGAGUAGGGACUUAGUUGAACACAGAUUGCCUAUUAAAUCUGGUUUUAGGCCGCAUAAACAGCCCCUUAGGCGAUUCAAUCCUAGUAUAUAUGACCGCAUCAAAGAUGAAAUCGAUCAAUUGUUAAAAGCUCGGUUUAUUCGGCCGUGUAGAUAUGCGGAAUGGAUUUCUAAUAUUGUUCCUGUUGAAAAGAAAAUACUAAUAAGAUUAGAGUAUGUAUUGAUUUUAGGGAUUUGAAUAAGGCUACCCCUAAAGAUGAAUAUCCUAUGCCUAUAGCCGACAUGUUGAUUAACGAUGCUUUUGGACAUAAAGUAAUCAGUUUUUUAGAUGGUAAUGCUGGUUAUAAUCAGAUAUUUAUGGCCGAAGAAGAUAUGUUUAAGACUGCUUUUCGAUGCCCUGGUUUUGUUGGUUUAUUUGAGUGGACUAUUAUGACUUUUGGAUUGAAGAAUGCCGGAGCUACAUAUCAUCGUGCUAUGAAUCUGAUCUUUCAUGAUCCUCUAGGCAUCGUAUUAGAAAUAUAUAUUGAUGAUGUAGUUGUUAAAUCGGAUGGGUUUGAUCAUCAUUUAGCCGAUUUGCGAUUAGCUUUUGAAAGAAUGCGUUGGUAUGGGCUGAAAAUGAAUCCACUCAAAUGUGUUUUCGGUGUAUCGGCUGGUAAGUUCUUAGGUUUUAUAAUUCAUGAGCAUGGCAUAGAGAUUGAUCCUAAGAAGGUAGAGGCAAUCAGAAAAUUGGAGGAGCCCACAUGUAAAAGGGAUGUGCAGAAAUUAUUAGGAAAAAUUAAUUACUUGAGACAAUUCAUAUCUAACCUUGCGGGAAAAAUUGAAUCGUUUGUUCCUUUACUUCGGUUAAAACAUGAAGCCGAAUUCACUUGGGGGCAGAAUAGCGAGAGGCUUUUAAUAAUAUAAAAUAGUAUUUGUCAAGUCCUCCGGUGCUUCGAGCACCCAAGUCUGGUGUGUCGUUCAGGUUAUACAUUGCCGCACAAGACAAGGUGAUCGGCGCAGUUUUAGCACAAGAGAACAGCGGGAAGGAGUACAUCAUUGCAUACUUGAGCCGCCGCUUGCUUGACGCUGAGAGUCGGGGGAGAGAUUGCCUAAAGCUCUCAAUGGAAAGUAUUUAAAGAAAUAUUAUCCUAGUAUGUGGCAGGAGGCUUGAUGGCAUGACAGCAGAUAUUAUUUAAGAUAUCGUCCUAAGCAAAAUAUGGCCGAUGUGUUAUUUGGACAUCGCCCUGAGCAAUGAUAUGACUGAUGAAGCAAUUGACAUCAUCCAAAGUUUUACAGAUUUGAUAGCUGCUGGAAUCGGAGUUCAGCUAAAAGUGCAGAUCAGAAAUAUGUUCAUCGCAGAGGAUAAAUACGGUAAUACUUCCAUGAUGGAGUUCUUGCUUAGACAGCAGAGGGGCAAGGAAGAAAUCUGGUCUGGAGAAUAUUUGAGAUAGAAAAGGUUCUGGAUGAGGUAGUUGUUCGGCUGUAGCAAGCCCAAAUAUAGGCUAGUACAUACUAGUAUAGGGCUGGGCUGCUGUCCCAUGUGUUUUGGGUGCUGGCCGGGCUAAUUAGGGAUUAGGAAUAUUAUAUUUGACCUGCUUGCAGAGGAAGCAAAACAGGGAUUACCUUCUGUACGUGCAAAAGGAGUCCUACUCCGAUUCAGCCAAAGACCAGGGCGUGCCCUUAUAUAUAUAUGGGGUACUUGGCCGAUUGGUAAAACAACCAAUCG